GGGCCGCCGGGAGCGGGGCGGACACUAGCGCCCCAGCUUUCUUCCCCGCCUCCACGGCGCUGCGCGCUCGGGCUCGGAGCCGACAUGGGCGCCGCCGCGUGGGCACUGCCGCCCCUGGCGCUGCGAGUGUCUCUGCUGCUGCUGCUUCUGCCGCUCCCCGGGCUGCCCGCGGGCUCCUGGGACCCGGCCGGUUACCUGCUCUACUGCCCCUGCAUGGGGCGCUUUGGGAACCAGGCUGAUCACUUCUUGGGCUCCCUGGCAUUUGCCAAGCUGCUGAACCGCACUUUGGCUGUCCCCCCCUGGAUUGAGUACCAACACCACAAGCCUCCCUUCACCAAUCUCCACGUGUCCUACCAGAAGUACUUCAAGCUGGAGCCCCUCCAGGCCUACCAUCGGGUCCUCAGCCUGGAAGAGUUCAUGGAGAAACUGGCACCCACUCACUGGCCCCCCGAGAAGCGGGUUGCAUACUGCUUUGAGGUUGCAGCCCAGCGAAGCCCGGAUAAGAAAACGUGCCCCAUGAAGGAAGGAAACCCCUUCGGCCCAUUCUGGGAUCAGUUCCACGUGAGUUUCAAUAAGUCGGAGCUUUUCGCAGGCCUUUCCUUCAGCGCCUCCUACAAAGAGCAGUGGAUCCAGAGGACCUUAGUGUCCCGAGGCAUUUUGGAUUCAUCGCCCUCAAGACUGACCCAGUCCGAGGUCAUCAUGUCAAAGCUGAAAAGCUCGGAGUCGGUCAGGGUGGUGGUCCGCUGCCGGCCCAUGAACGGCAAGGAAAAGGCUGCUUCGUACGACAAGGUGGUGGAUGUGGACGUGAAGCUGGGGCAGGUGUCUGUGAAGAACCCCAAAGGAGUGGCCCAUGAAAUGCCCAAGACCUUCACCUUUGAUGCCGUCUACGACUGGAACGCCAAGCAGUUUGAACUCUAUGAUGAGACGUUCCGACCGCUCGUGGACUCGGUCCUGCAAGGUUUCAACGGGACGAUUUUUGCCUACGGACAGACCGGGACCGGGAAAACUUACACGAUGGAAGGGGUCCGUGGGGACCCCGAGAAAAGAGGAGUCAUCCCUAACUCGUUCGACCACAUCUUCACCCACAUCUCUCGCUCUCAGAAUCAGCAGUACCUGGUCAGGGCUUCUUACCUGGAGAUCUACCAGGAGGAGAUCCGCGAUCUGCUCUCAAAGGAUCAAACCAAACGGCUCGAGCUCAAGGAGAGGCCUGACACCGGAGUGUACGUGAAGGAUCUGUCUUCCUUUGUCACCAAGAGCGUGAAGGAGAUAGAGCACGUGAUGAACGUGGGGAACCAGAACCGCUCCGUCGGCGCUACCAACAUGAACGAGCACAGCUCGCGCUCUCACGCGAUUUUCGUCAUCACUGUCGAGUGCAGCGAAGUGGGCCUCGAUGGUGAAAACCACAUCCGCGUGGGCAAACUGAACCUUGUAGAUCUUGCUGGCAGCGAACGGCAAGCCAAGACGGGCGCUCAAGGGGAAAGACUGAAGGAGGCAACCAAGAUCAACCUCUCCCUGUCGGCCUUGGGGAAUGUCAUCUCUGCCCUGGUAGACGGCAAAAGCACUCACAUUCCUUAUCGGGACUCCAAGCUCACCAGGCUCCUCCAAGAUUCCCUCGGUGGCAACGCUAAGACGGUAAUGGUGGCCAACGUAGGGCCUGCUUCCUACAACGUAGAGGAGACUUUGACCACCCUGAGAUAUGCCAACCGUGCCAAAAACAUUAAGAACAAGCCAAGAGUCAACGAGGACCCUAAGGAUGCCCUCCUGCGAGAAUUCCAGGAAGAAAUUGCUCGGCUCAAGGCCCAGCUGGAAAAACGGUCCAUUGGCAGGAGGAAGAGGCGAGAGAAGCGGAGGGAAGGUGGUGGCAGUGGCGGGGGUGGGGAAGAGGAGGAGGAGGAGGGAGACGAGGGUGAGGAGGAAGGGGAUGAUAAGGAUGAUUACUGGCGGGAGCAGCAAGAGAAACUGGAGAUUGAGAAGCGGGCUAUUGUAGAGGACCACAGCUUGGUUGCAGAGGAGAAGAUGAGGCUGCUGAAGGAGAAGGAGAAAAAGAUGGAGGACCUGCGGCGGGAGAAGGAUGCAGCCGAGAUGCUGGGGGCAAAGAUCAAGGCCAUGGAGAGCAAGCUGCUGGUUGGAGGAAAAAAUAUAGUAGAUCAUACGAACGAACAGCAGAAGAUCUUGGAACAGAAGCGACAGGAAAUUGCAGAGCAGAAACGUCGAGAGAGAGAGAUCCAGCAGCAGAUGGAAAGUCGAGAUGAGGAGACUUUGGAGCUGAAAGAGACGUACAGCUCAUUGCAGCAGGAGGUGGACAUCAAGACCAAAAAACUCAAAAAGCUCUUCUCCAAGCUUCAGGCAGUGAAGGCCGAGAUCCACGACCUGCAAGAAGAGCACAUCAAGGAGCGCCAAGAGCUGGAGCAGACUCAGAAUGAGCUCACCAGGGAGCUGAAACUCAAGCAUCUUAUUAUAGAAAACUUUAUCCCUCUGGAAGAAAAAAGUAAAAUUAUGAACAGAUCCUUCUUUGAUGAAGAGGAAGAUCAUUGGAAGUUACAUCCGAUAACGAGACUGGAGAAUCAGCAGAUGAUGAAGCGGCCGGUCUCCGCCGUGGGAUACAAGAGGCCAUUGAGCCAGCACGCGAGAAUGUCCAUGAUGAUCCGUCCGGAGGCCCGAUACCGGGCAGAAAACAUCGUGCUGCUAGAGCUGGAUAUGCCCAGCCGGACCACCAGAGACUAUGAAGGCCCAGCCAUCGCCCCCAAGGUGCAGGCUGCAUUGGACGCAGCCCUGCAGGAUGAAGAUGAGAUCCAGGUGGAUGCAUCAUCCUUUGAAAGCACCGCAAAUAAGAAAUCCAAGGCCAGGCCUAAGAGUGGAAGGAAGUCGGGACCCUCGUCUUCCUCAGGAACCCCUGCGUCCCAGCUUUACCCGCAGUCUCGGGGGCUGGUUCCCAAGUAGAGGCCGGUGCUGCCUCUCCCAGGGCAUAAGCGAGCGUUUGCCUUCUGUGAGAAGAGACGAGCACCAGCUGCAGAGAGGACUGGAGCCCGAGCUCCACACCAUUCCCCUGGGGAGACGCCAUGGCCCUCGUGGAGUACCCAGCUUGGUCUGAGCAAGCCUGCUGCUCCCGACGUGGUGCUCGGUUCCCUGGGCAACGUCUUUUCAUUAGCAUCUCAGAACUGCAUGGGUAAGGUAAAGUGCGGUAGUCCAAGUGGAAAGCAAGAGAAUGAGCAGUGACCUUGCUUCCCCUCCCUGCCCUGGCACUGUCCCCUCCCCAUUUCCAGCCUCUUGUUUAUGCGGGGCUCCCUUCUUGCUGAACACUAGGGCAGAAUCAGGAGUCACCCUAGUAGGACCCUUUGGAGCCUCAGGAUAAAGUGACAGUGAGACUGAAACGUGAACGCUGUAGAACUUGAAUGGGUGCCUGUUCUUGUAGGGAAGACUGAGAAACCACGUUUGGACCCGUGCCCCAGGCGGGCCCACCAGCCCUCUGGCUUCCAUGCACCCCAGUAAGAAGUGGACCUGCCCUUGGGGAUGACCUGAAUGAGGACUCUCUUCUGAUUUCUGCUCCUGAAGGAUUCAUUGUCAGUGGUGUUCCCUUCGCCUCUGUGGAGAGCUUAGGGAAGCAGCUUCUUUAAAACCUCAGAUCCGAGACCACCCCAUCAAAGACCUCUGUCCGUAAGCUGGUGCCACGUCCACACAGCAUGCCACUCUGCUCCUGAUUUGUCUCCACUUUCCCCCAUGUGCGCAGGCUCGGAGCAUCCUUGCGGGGGUCCUCUGUCUGCCUCCAGAGAGUGCUCUGCAGUGGGAGUGUUUUCUGGGAGAAGGGAGGCUGGUUCUGCCUUCUCGGAUGGGACUAGAGCUGCGGAAUGAACACGGGGUGGCACUUUGGUGUCCCCCACUUUGUUGCUUCUUGCCAGGGAGCAGAAGAGCAGCCAGGCGGAGGUGGAAAUGGAGACACGGGAGUCAGUGCAGUGGAAAGGGAAGGUCUAACAGAUGGAAGCCAAGGAACCCUGCCCGCUUUCUGCGGAGAACACGGCGAGUCCCAGAAUUGUGGCUCCCCCCAGGUGCAGCCCGAGAUGCUGGUGGGGAGUGGCCAUGUACUUGAAUAGGCUAGAGGAGAGAGUUCCAAUUCCCAUUUACAUAGAUUAGUUUGCUUUGUAAGUUUUAGUUUUCAUAUUACUGGGAUUCAAAGGUUCGUUUUAUGUUGGUCAUUAGAUGAAUUUUCCUUAUUUUUGCCCCAAGAGAAGCUCAUAGGUGUGUAUGGGUGUGCAAGCAGAAGGUGCCUGUGUCCUGUGAGUGUGUCUGUGUGUGUCUGUAAGAGAGAACGAGAGACCAAGAACUUGCCCAAUUUUAGAAUUACUCUAAUGUGCAGUUUUUGCCUUUUGUCUUUAUUAAAGGCCCAUUGAAUGACUAGUCCAGGCUGGAAGCCCUCCCUUGCGGGCGUUGAGUCCAUGAGCCAAGCCUGAGGCGACAGUCUGAGUCCCCAGGUCUGCCACACUGGCGCACCUUGCUGGCAUGGUGCCCCAGAAAGGUGGUGACUCGGGUGGGCCUGGAGUUACAUUUUAACUAAGCUGCCCAGUUCCCAGGGCACAUUUCUGGGUCAGAGCCCGUGGGAAAGAGAAGG